AUAGAGCAUAAAGUCUCAGUAUCAAAUCGCAAAAUAAUCCAGUAUCAGUUCUGCGUAGCGUUUCCGACGAGUGAGUACACGCCGCCAUGGGCAAAAUCAAACUCUACAGUUUCCCGCUGAGUCCACCUGGUCGAACGGUUCAGCUAACCGCGAAAGCCCUCGGCCUUGAGCUCGAAUUUCAUUCCGUCUCGGUGUUGGAAAAGGAGCACCUUACCGAGGAGUUCAUCAAGAUGAAUCCGCAGCACACCAUCCCGGUAAUCGACGAUGAUGGGUUUGUGCUGUACGACAGUCAUGCGAUUGCCAUCUACUUGGUAUCGAAGUAUGCCCCUGGAAAUCGGCUCUAUCCUACGAAGGACUUCAAGCAGCAGGCCCGUAUCAACGCGAUCUUGCACUUCGAGUCUGGAGUAAUGUUCGCCAGGCUCCGAUUCGUUGGAGAUGCCAUACAGAAGGCCAGUCACCAAGGUGAAGUUCCACAGGAUCGCGUGGAGUACGCACUGGAAGCCGUUGAGCUGCUGGAAGCCCUGCUGAGGGAUGGACAGUAUCUAGCUGGGGACCACGUGACAUUGGGCGAUAUCAGUUGCGUGACUUCAUUCUCGUUUCUGGAUGCUAUGCUACCAGUGGAACGUGCCAAGUAUCCGAAGGUUUACGCUUGGUAUGAGCGGAUGAAACACAUCGAGGGAUAUGAUGAGAUCAACCAAAAAGCGGUGGAUCAGUUGAACGGGGUCAUUCAGGGGAUUUUUGAGGGAAAUAAGAGCAAAUAGCUUCCAGAUCAACGAGUAAAAAGAGCCAAAAACAACUUUUGCAAAUCGAAGCUUAUAUUGUGCAUCCCAGGCAUAUUUCAAAUAAUUCUUGCAAUCUAACCACUCUAGCAGGUGAAGAGGAGUCAGGCACUCAGAUCUAACGGUGAACUUUUUGAGUAGGGUCAAAUGGUCCAAAAUGCCACUUUAAGGACUUGUGUCGUUUUCUGUUAAUGAGAUCCUCAUUUUAACGCCAUUCGAAGUUCUAACUUUACAAUAUAUGCUAUCUACCAUCAUGAAAACACUUCCCAAAUUUGAGUUUGUUUUUACGAUUUUAAAUCGCGUAGAAAAGAUUAUUGAAAAAUGAGGUUGGUCAAAAUUACCGAAUGGAUGGGGUAGAAAGCCGUUUAGUAUGGCGAAGUAAUAGUCAGCAAUCAAGUUUCUCCAUGAGUUUGGUCUGUGGUAUGUAAACGCUUAUCCCUUAAUGAAAUCAUCGGAAAAUCGGGAUGAAAAACAUAUUUUAACAUCGUUUGGCAAAGAAUACAAAUUGAAAAGUUCUAGUUGAGAUUUAAUGCAGUGAGCCAUUUUACCCCAUCAGUGCGUAUUGCACCAUCUCCCCUAUUGGUCGAAAAGCGCCUGUGGUGGACUGGACUACUGGAGGCGCUAUAGAAUGUAAAGAUUUUACGGCUCUUCACACAUGUUAGUCUAGACCAGAGUCUAUGAAUGGAGAGUUGCGCGAAGAG